AUGGCCACUGCUUUCACUAACAUGCAACGCAUAUUCUACAAUGGAACAGCUGGAAGAGCAUCAUUGAAAAAGAAAUUCAACCUCUGCGAAGAUUUCGAUGAGACCAAUCUUUCCAAGGCAAAGCAGUUUUUCUUCGCGAACGUUAUCAGCUAUUUCCAAGGGAUAAAUCAGUAUUCCGGUGACAACAGGGAUACUGCUACUCGCAAUGGGCUAGGCAUACCACAGGCUUGUGUGAUUAUGACGAAUGCGUCAAUAGGAGACGAAAUGGACCGAGUGAAGAAUGUUUUAGACUGGUACAGUGAACUGACCGGUCAAGAUGUAACAUUGCCAACGUUCUGCUAUCCAAAUAAUUACACGGACUACAUCAAAAAGUAUAGCGAUACCUCAUACACCGAUAUUGAUGAUGUCGUUGCGAUGCGCAGCUGGAUAUGGCAAACAUGUACUGAACUCGGCUACUUCCAAACGACAGACUAUGGAAAUAGCGCAAUCUUUGGCAGCACAAUACCUGUGGAUUUCUUCUCUGAUCAGUGCAUGGAGCUCUUUGGUUCGGAAUACACGCUUAGUGAGACGUAUAGACGAGUUGACGAAGUCAGCAAGAAAUACGGCGGAGCAACUGCUUACAGGGGCAACAAGGUUGUGUUCCCGAACGGUUCGCUCGACCCAUGGAAAUCACUUGGCCUCCUUGAUGGGAAUGAUGAUAGGAAUGUGGACGCCUUCAUGAUUGAAGGUACGGCUCAUUGCGCUGACAUGUAUCCAGCCUCACCAAACGACAAGCAGUCACUGACAGAUGCCAGAGCACGGAUUCUGAGACAGCCUUAA